AUGGCGUCUUUCUUCGAAGAUACGUUUGAGGUGAAGAACAUCGAUCCGGAGGGCAAGAUUUUCGACAAGGUGUCGAGGCUCGAGUGCAGCAGCGUGAGCUACGACAUGCAGCUCCUGCUGGACGUCAACACAGACAUCUACCCGGUCGAGCUGGGCGACAAGCUCACCGUGGCGCUGGCCAAGAGCCUCACCGACAACGAGAUGGACGACGGCAUCUUCGACCAGAGCGGCCGAGCAUCGCUGGCCGACGAGUACGAGUACGUCAUGUACGGCAAGGUCUUCAAGUGCCUCGAAGACAAGGGCUCCAAAGUGUCGACGUUCGUGUCGUUCGGAGGGCUGCUGAUGAUGCUCAAGGGCGACGCCGCACAGCUGGAGAAGAUCACCGUGGACCACCGGAUCUAUCUGCUCAUGAGGAAGGCCUGA